CUCAACAUCAUUGCUCUUCUGAAGCGGUAGCAGCCCAAGGACGCCUCUGGAUUCACGAAUAGAGAAGAGACUCCCGUUCAAUCGGAUACUAAAGAGCCGAAACCAACGAAUGAUACGCCCAACAUUGCGCUGGCCGUUGCGGGCGGCCAGCAACUCGAUAGCGUCAUGCGUCCAGCAUCAACGGCGAACGAAGAUGUACGAGCGCAAAACAAACAGCGAAAAUGAGACAUACUACGUGAAACGAAGACGAGAGUCUGUGGCAGAAGAAGACUUACCACCACAAGAAGAGUUCUUCGACAUGCCAAAUCUCCUCCUCGAUCUAGACGCUGAAGGAGUUCGCCACGUGAGACCGUUCGAAGCAGCGGACGAGUUGGCCAUGGCUCAGACUUUCUCAACCUCGCAAAGGAGAGCAGAAGUGAAAUUGCAAAUGAAGGAACUAGAGAGACAAGUCUUGGAAUUACGAAGCAAAACAGAAGAAAUCUUCCAAAACCCCGCUCACCCUUGGCGCUUGACAAGAUACGAUCUACUCUCUGCUGCGCUUCAAAGCCCAAUAACCAAUGCGACGGCAAACAUACCCGAUAGCGAAGCAAUAAAGUGGAUUGACAUUGCGGCGAACAAGACAUUUGAAUCUACAGUGGAAAACAAUGGCGUCCCCGCGCAUGCUACAGAGAACGACCAACAUCUUCUCGAAUGGUUGUUGCUGCGAAGCCGGGCAUUACGACAUCAUGUGGCCUCUGGGACAGACAAACAUUUGACCUUUGACGACUUUUCUGCAGCAUUGAGCUCGACGAAAUCCUUGGCAGAGGUCCGGCGCCUUACAAACUCGUAUCUUUCGUCCAUCGGUUCACAGCAGCCUAAGUCUACAUUCGCAUUGGAGCUACGGGAGUGUGUUCUUGCCACGCUGGUAGAGGACCCAACGUGUACAUCAGAGGCUUUAAUAUUUAUAAGUAAUGUCACAGCCCGUCUUAAGUUCAACAAAGACGAAGCCGACGUUCUUGUGCCAUUUGCCCUUCGAAUUUCGACUGCACUAGGCGAACUCGAGGCGGCUGCACAAUGGUUGCAACAUCUAAACACCUCUGGUGUGUCACAAACCAUGACAGCAUCUGUUGAAGAUCUUUUCUGCUCAAUUCAAAGCUUAGGGGGCCAGAUUCAUACCUCCGAUAUUAUGACGAAGCAACGUAUCUUUGAACUGUUGACAGGCUACAACGGCCCCGGAGUGCAGCAGCCGUCAGUUGCGCUUACUUUACGAUCCAUGCUGGAGAAGAAAUCAUCACCAGAAGCUCUGGCAGCAUAUGAGGUCUAUGUACAGAGUCUUAGGCACCUUGGUGCAACAAGACUUCUCCAGACUGAAGCGCAGUUUGCACGUAACGCCUUGACUGAUACACCUUCACUACAGUUGAUAUUCCAAAAUGCGGAACGGAAUUUAGGGAGCCAUGCUAGUGGUUUAUUUCCAGAGCAGCAAUCAAGCCCAAGUGCGGAUUGGGGACAGCUUGCAAAACUAGAUUAUGAGAGUCUCCAAGCGAACAAGGCGCCAGAUGAUCUAGCACUAUUCAAGUUGUCUUUGAAAGACUACAUGGCAAGCAAGGCAUAACAAGCUUUAACCAAACGUAGCGUAUACUAUACGCUUGUAUCAUAUACAAUGUACAUAUGUAGCGUUUUAGGAAGCAGCAUCUCAUGUGCAGUGAAAUUGACAGCAAAUUGUGCUUUUAAUUUGUUUACGAAUCGAUUCUACGCUCUAUUGACGAGGGGGUAUUGUUAGUAUUGGAUGAUUAUCAUGCCACAGUGGCUAAAUCGAGGUGAUGAAUUAACGAGUUAAUACGUGCCACGUUGGUUCUUGGUCCAUAGAGACGCGUAUACCAGAUGUCGAACCACGAAGAACCAAAUUUUGUUGAGCUUUCGCUCAGUUAGGCAACAUCCGCAGUGAGCUGGGCAGUGCGCUUGAUUCCACUCCGAAACUUCCGGGUGGUGAGAUGGACGACCCGGCACUGCCCCUGCAAUGAUGCUAAGAGCGGGAAUAUUGUAUAGUAAGAAAAGCUGGGCUCAACCCACAGAAGAGGCGUGAGUCAGGAACAGACCAGGGAGCUCGCUGUAGAGAUUGAUAUCCGAAUACGUUCGCCGAGAAUCGGAUAUCACCAAGAGUUGAGGUGAGCGGCCAGCCGCUCAGGAUAUCGUCGGGACAGCUCCCGAGCGAUUUUAAGCGUGCCCCUGGUACUGUCAAACAAGAGCCGUAUAAGGCAGCUCCAUUAUACACGGGGGGUUGCAUGCGACGGAUCGAAACGCGCUCAUAGCUUGAGAAUUUGAUUGCCCCAGUGAUAUCCAUAAGUGGCCUGCCCAGUAUCCGCAAAACUGGUGGAGUUUGUGUGUCAUGGCAAGCUGCGGCUCAGCCAGGUCCCCAACUUUCUCUCGCUGGGAAACCAAGCUUUUUUUGUUUCCCGUUAUCCUAGUACACACCGCGAAGAUCGAGAGUUGGCGCAAAAGAUCGUAACCAGAGGAUGCUAUGAGGAGCUCUCUGUGGGAACGCAUAGUCCAGCUAAACAUGGAACUUUGAAAGAUCGGCAUCCCACUUUUGGUUCCCAAACGCAGCCGCGAAACCACAAGAAUAGUGUCGUCUCAUCAGGGUGAACAAAGGAAUGGUGUCGGCCCAACUGUUUCGCAUAGAGAAGACAAUCUGUUCACACAUAGACAAAGGAAUCAGAAAAGAACCCUGAGGACAGUAAAGACCCUUGUUUUUGUGCUCUGUUGCACACGAUGGUGACAGCUCCAAUCGAGACCUUGAUGGCUAAGGCUGGGACAGAGCCUACUGAGUCUAUUUUCCAGAGGCUCAACCAGAGAGGUUAGUGGUCCCAACGGUUGCUUAACGGUUCUGUUGGGCCUGUGCCACAGAGACGCCUUGGCCCGGAGCGAAAAGCCCGCAGUGUAUUCAUCAAUUAAUAUAGCACGAAGCUUAAAUCCGGUCGUUGCGGGAUAGUGUACCCACCAGCCCCCAAAUACAUUAGCGAGAGAAUACGCAAUACUGGUGAACUCGGGUAAAAAGGUUUGGAGACUGGUCACCUAUGACGCUAUGAAGCAGCAAAACGCGCUGUGCGGGCUUAAUCAGCUGACCUUAAAGGGCGGAAAGUGCGCUAGCCUCAAUAGGGUAAUACGAUCGAGCUGGGGGUGCAGGGAAAAGAUCGACGGGGAGCAACUUUCAUAUUUUUAGUGGCAGCAAGCUGUGAAAGCCGGCACCAACAGAGUGGUAAAAGCGAAAACACAAGUAAAACAAAUUUAAUGCGAGUUAAAAUGGGGUGAAAGAUAAUACAUAUUGUUUGGCUAUUGUUGAAACAUGUAAAAAUUGAGCUUCAGGGAAACUUUUACCAUUUACUCGCUCCCAUAAGCCUGCCCAAGCGGAAGAUCUGAUAGCGCAUGCUUCGCUCUACACGUGGUUUUUGGGAUGUAGCUCCACAGCUUGCCGACCAUGCACAAUGGCCAGCCCUUUUAACAGGCUUAGUUGUAUGUACACGGAGACUAUUUAGCGUAAGCAUGCCUCUAUAAUGACAACCGAGUGACCGAAGAGCCCGGUUUCUUCGACCAGCGCAGUAUACCGUGGUGGGCUUUGUUUGGCGUAGAGCUAUGCACCUCGGCAGAUGAUCUACAGAGUGGUGUGAAAGGAAGCAGGCGGUGGUGACAAACACGAAACCAGAGCGUAGCAGCAGCAUACUGUAAAGUGAGAGCAAAUUCCAGUAUUUUUCUCUGGCUAUGUUCCCCUUGAAGGGGUUGUUGUGCAAAUGUGCGUCACUGGUCGCUGUGCUUGUCCGCGGUCAGGUGAGACAAGAUCAACGGCUUUUACCUGAGCUGCAGCAUACAGUAGGUGCGUUUAGAUGGCCAUCAGAACCACAUAUGCCGGUAAGAGCCAUUUGUUGGACAAUUUAGCGCAGGUAUGGCGACGAGCAGUAAGAAAGCGAGAAUAUUUGCCGCAGGCAGCACAAACAAAGGGCCCGUCCCAGGUCAGACCAGUCGCUGGGAGUGACAUACUGCUCCUAGCCCCAACGAGGCUGUUCCGCAGCAUGCCGUUUUCACGAGCAUCCCUUUGCCAACCCCCGGCAUGGCCUAGAAACAACCCAGCAGACAAAAACCCGCUCUCUCUCUGUUUCUCUGCAUUAUUGACAGCAAGCACAGCUAAGGGGUGCCACCGUGGUUUAGGGGACAGCCGGGUGCUGCGACGGUGGUAAACCCUUGUCAGGAGAGCUAUUUUAGCACGAACUUGGCCCGAUGGCACCCAGAAGUGCCCUGCAUGACAUUACAGCGUAGGAUAAGAUGCUGCGCUGCCUGAGUCGCCACUGUGGACAGCUCUCGAACGGUCUGGGUAAUAGAAUAGCAGCAGCGAGAAGGAAAAUUUUUGUGGUAUUAGCGGCGAGGCUCAACUGAACUGGUAGACAGGGGGAUAUUGAUGCCAUGCUUAGCCGAACGACCUGGGGCGUGUGCGGCAAAGUCUGCCGUACUUAGCACGCUGUCUGUAAGACUCGGCAACGCAGCGAGCGUCCGUGGUCUUACUCGGCACUAUAUUGAUGCAUAUUCUCUCUGUUUUCUGAUUCAUGCAUACCAAUGCACGGGGAUGCUGAGUAGCCAUGCUACGACAUGGUGUUUGUUUGCCACUGGUUGCUUUUGGGAUUUGCUGUUGUGCCAGCAGUCGCACUGCGUGAUUGUUCGGCGCUCACUGGGGCCGCGCCGAUCCCCCAGCUUUAGGGCGUUUGCAUUGCCUAAUGGCUGGCUUUAUUCUCUAAAAGGCGCCAAUGCAUGGCGACCACACCUGGAGAGAGUUGGGAGAAGCACAAAAGGACAUAAAAAAGCAAUUGGGAUGGGAAAUGGCGUAGAACCUGGAAUCCAUACAUGGUUCCCAGCAUGUCCAGAAUUCGAUAGACCCCUAAAUAAAUAAUCGAGCUGGAACUGUCCGAUACGAAAGGAGCCGAUGUAAGCCAGCCUGCCAACCGACAGCAGUAGCCCCGACCCUGCGCGUCAGACCUGGCGCACGCUAUCGGUCGGGAGACCCCCAAACCCCAUACUUGCGCUACGGGAACCGAUUGCAGGGCAGAGAUACGCAGCAUUGAGUAUGGGAUAGGCGCUGCUGCUGCUGCUGCUGCUGCUGCACUAGUAGAUAGUCUUGGCCUUUAUCACCGACGACGGAAUGCCCUCGUGACGCUGUCUUAAGAGAUAGAGAAUGGCUUUUUGCUUAGGAUAGGCAUGGCAUUUCGUUCGUGGCGGUUAGCCACUAACACAGCCGGGAGCGUGUCUCUAUGAAAGACAAGCCGGUUCGAGCUGGUCCGUGGUGAGGUUUCUCUCUGCUGCCAGCCUCGGUCCACAUACCAGCCUGACUUGCAGAAACCAGGAAUUCCAUGCUGUGCAUUUUUGUUUGGCUACAGUGUGCUGCGAAUAUACGGUGUAAAGAAGCAAGCUAGCGGUAGCGAACGAAGAGCGCACCACAGUUACUACAGCGCACAAUCAAUACUUGGCGGAUACCUACCGCUGUACCAUGUGUGCCUAUAGGCUACUAUAAUUUGCCUCCGGAAGCCUAGAACAAACACGGGCACUGAAAACGUACCGGCAAUUACAAUGAAAAAGUUUAGUUUUUUUUUUUUUAUCAAGCGAGAUCCGGCGCACUAAACCUACAGGGAAUUUGACACGCGCAAAAUAUCACCCUAUCAGAAACAAUCCUGUGCGCAAGAAGGCAAUCGUUGAAAAAAAUUUCGGCCACUAAAAACCACAACGGUGCGAGCAACGACAGGCCUCAUCUUCACCCACGUUGUCUGUUGGCAUGCUUAGGCUGGCUGUACUUGGUUCCCAACAGUGGAGCAGGCUACCCGUCGUCUUGCGUCUCGCAGCACGCAAGUCGCCCGCGGCGGCCCAAUCGCGUCCCACCGCCCCGCCCGCCCUAGCAGGGCACGCAAGCGCUGAGCCACGCAGGCCAGAGCACGUUUUGCCCGCUGCAGCGCUCCCUUGGCCUGCUGGCGUGAGCAGAAUUUUUCGUUUCAGUGGGCUACAGUGGACUCGCAAGGAGUCACACACCCCUCCAUAGCGCCCUGUUGGCCACUAAAGUGCCAGCGUUCAGGGCGUAUGGCCGCUCAAGAGGCUGGAAGCGGCUCCGUUGCAAGGAACAUAGAGUGACGAUGCGAAGUUUUUUCUCUUCAUACAGUCGAAUCACCGCGUCCAGCCUAGUCACACGUUUUUGGAUGGCCCGUUAUUUUCUUAUUUUCAUUAUUAUUAUUAUUAUUUGUGGUAAUCCUGCGGUUGAAUGACAUCGAGGCCGCCAGGUACAUCAGGUACAAGCACAGGCCUGGAGCGAGAGGAAUAACGCCUCAGGGCAUUUUGUCGCCGCCUUCUCUGCUUCGCAAGCCUCAUUCAAUAGCUGUGGUCUAUUUUCGUUGUCUUUUACGCGGACAAUGAAAGACUCUUUCUUUAUUUUAAUGUUACAGUGACAAUUAGCCUUUUUUUUUUCCUUUUACCGGGGAAACAAGAAAAAGCAAGCUGCUCCCCUCGAUUUACGCACUCCCAUAGCCCCAAAUUUGAGCAUCCCUCCGAUCGCUGUCCCGAUGCCAUCCGCCCACCUAAACUGCGCCUGCUACAGCGCCUGCGUGACCGCUCUAGCGCAGCUGCUAUGCUAAGCCCUUGGCUCAGCUCCGCCCGCCGUCCAUCAAGGUCUCGCUUCCUGCGAGUUUGAGGGUUGUGUUUUUUGUGGCCUCCCUGCGGCUCAUAAAAUACCAUGAAUUAUGGACGAAAAUUUUCUACAGGACACAAAAUCUAUCAGCUUAGUCCUAGCGAGGUCUGGAAUACACCGAUCGGGACAUUUUUUUCUAUGUUUUUUUUGGCCGGCUCCUACUGCCACCACACAUUCCCGGUUUCAUGCUCCACUGCCCGGCUGACCACCGCGAUCACGAAAUAGAGCAUCAAUUAAACGUUUGUAUGACGAUUUGUGCUCUUGCUUCAUGCGCUGAAGUGGUAGCUGGUUAAACCAAAUAAAAACGAAUCAAAUCAAGUGUAAAAUGACGACAUUAAUCUUUAUUUCGUUGACAUUUUUCUUGUAUUUUUUCUCAGUGCUUGUAUAACCACUGUCCAAGGCUGCGAGGUACUGUACAGCGCCGUAUAGUGGACAGGUACCGCUAAAGAGAGAGACGCGUAUAGUGCUCUUUAGCCCUCCCUUGGAUUCUCUAUGCCAUUCGACUGCCGCAUUCUCUCUCUUGGAAUAAAAAAAAAUGUCUACAUAUUAUAUUCAUUUUGUGUUGCAUUUCCCCUUGCAAUUUCGCGUACGAAUCACGCUAUCCCACUCUAACUUUUUCUUUUGUCUCAUUUACACUACAGUGCUUGCAUCAUUUCUGUUGCCCGCUCGCCCUCUGUUGCGUGACCCAUCUCCGAGUUGCGUCUUCGGGGCUCCGGUUUUCGUCGACUCACACCUUGACGGCCCCAUCGGUUGACACACCCCUCGUUUCCCGC